UCAUUUAUCAAGGACAACGAGUUGUAGCUAAAGUAGAAAGCAACGGAAAUCUAUUCCGACUACAGACAGCGGAGACAGAAGUUUCGGCAAGAGUCGCAAACGUAGCAACAUGCAUCCAUCGGUGGCACCGUCGUUUAGGUCACAGGGAUCCAAAAGCAAUAAGACGUCUAGUAAAAGAAGAAUUGGCAACAGGAAUCAAGAAAGCAAACGAAGAGAAAAAGGACCAAUGAGGUUGAUUCAUUCGGACUUGUGUGGACCGAUGCCGACGGCUACGCCAAGUGGUAACCGAUAUUUCCUUACUUUAAUCGACGACUAUUCUCGUUUUACCGUAAUACGCUUAUUGAAAUCGAAAGCGGAGGUUCCCGGUCUCAUAAAGGAAUAUAUUGCUGAAAUGUCGAAAGAAGGGAUACAGCAUCAACUCACAGUGGUAUACACGCCACAACAAAAUGGCGUGGCAGAGAGGAAAAAUAGGUCGCUAACAGAGUCCGCAAAGUGCAUGCUAUUAGAUGCUUGCUUAGAUAAUCGUUUCUGGGGAGAGGCGGUUUUAACAGCGGCGUAUCUACAAAAUCGGAUGACGAGUCGUAGUAUUGAUAAAACACCUGUCGAGUUGUUUAUAGGUGAAAAACCGGAUCUCAGUCAUAUUAGAGUAUUCGGAUCAAAAGUCUACUCCAUGGUCCCCAGGCAAAAACGCAGGAAGUGGCAUGAUAAAGCCGAAGAAGGAGUUUUGGUCGGUUACGAUGGAAAUACCAAAGGUUAUAGAAUUUUGAAUCUUAAAACAAAUCGGGUAUGGAUAGCUCGUUCUGUGAGAAUUAUAGAGCACGAAGAUAAGCAGCCAGGACAUCAUCAAGCAUUACAAGAAGAAGGGGCAAGCAGCGACAUAGCAAGGCCACCAAAAACUAUCGAAUAUGAAAUGUCAGAACAAAAUGAAGUUUGUGAAAGUUCAGAAUCAGAAGAAGAAUCUGAGGAAGAGAUAGAUGAUGAGAAUUAUGAGACACCUGACGAUACUACGCCGCAGGUAUGUCAAAGACGAGUAUCACAACGAACAACGAAGGGAGUACCACUACAGAGAUUAACAUACAAAGUGCAAGAAAAUUCAGUUCAGGAACCAAAAUCGUGGCAUGAGAUGCUAGAACUACCUUCAAGAGAACGAGAGCUAUGGAUCAAGGCUGCCGAAGAAGAAAUUAAAUCACUAAACGAUCAUCAAAUCUGGGAGCUGACUGAUCUUCCACCAGGGAAGAAGGUAACCACAUGUAAGUGGGUUUUUAAAGCCAAGUUAAAUGGUGAAGGUAGAAUUUAUACACACAAGGCUCGCUUAGUAGCUAGAGGGUUUUCUCAAGCCUACGGAGAAGAUUAUUAUGAGACAUUCGCGCCUGUGGUUAAACAUGAAACUAUUCGUGUUUUACUUUGUAUAGCAGCUCAGAAGGGGCUACACGUGCGUCAUUUAGACGUGAAGAGCGCGUAUUUAAAUGGACAACUUGAAGAGGAAAUAUUUUUGGAGCAACCACCAGGUUUUCAAAAGAGUGGGCAAGAAUCUAAAGUUCUGAGACUACGAAAGAGCCUUUAUGGCCUCAAACAGUCGGCACGAGCUUGGAACAAAAGGGCUACAGAAGCACUGGUUCAGAUAGGUUUUAGACCAGGAAAGGCAGAACACUGUCUAUAUACUAGAAAAGAGAGAAACGGAACUACGACUUACGUACUACUUUACGUUGAUGAUCUUCUGGUAGCCGGCACAUCUACAAAGAUAACUGAAGAAGUGAGCAGAGAUCUUCAAGAAUACUUUGACAUCAAGGAUUUAGGAGAUGUUAACCAUUAUCUUGGAGUUCAAAUAAAGCGCCAGGCAGACGGAUCAUCCUUACUUAACCAGAAAGGGAAGAUCACUAAAAUAUUGGAAGAAUAUGGACUAUUGGAGCCAAAACCCGCGGCUACACCAAUGGAAACAAACUUUCUAAAUUCUAGAUCAGAUGAUAGCGCAAAAAUACCAAAUAAUAAUAAAUACAGGAAAGCCAUCGGAUCAUUACUGUAUAUUGCUACGGUGUCCAGACCGGACAUUGCCACGGCUGUUGGCAUUCUAUGUCGACGAGUUGAAAAACCUACGAAACGAGACUGGGAAGCAGUCAAACGAGUGAUGCGAUAUCUAGCAUUCACAAUAAAUAAAAGUUUGCAGUUGUCUUCAACAGAUACAAUGGAAUUGGAGUGUUUCGUGGACUCUGAUUGGGCCGGAGACAAGACUGACAGGAAGUCGACUAGCGGAUACGUCUUUUGCCUAGGAAAGGGAACGGUGGCUUGGUCAAGUCGUAAACAAACAUCGGUAGCCACGUCAUCAACGGAAGCCGAGUAUAUUGCGGCAUCACACGCAAGUAAGGAAGUGCUUUGGUUUAGACAAUUAUUAAAAGACAUGAACAUUCCAAGAAAAGGUCCAACAAAAAUCAAUGAAGACAACCAGGGAUGUAUUCGUUUAAUCGAGUCGGAUCGGUGCGGAGCACGCACCAAGCAUAUUGACAUCUGUCAUCACAAAAUACGAGACCUGAGGGAAAAGAAAAUCAUAGACGUAUGUUACUGUCCAACGGAGGCAAUGGUAGCUGACCUACUAACGAAACCGUUAGCCAAGGAACGAUUCCAGGAACUAGUUAAUCAGUUGGGAGUCAAGUAAUUCAAACUGCCAACGCGAGAAGGGGUGUUGGGAUGAAUGGCGCUUAAGUCAGUUCUCAUGAUUGGGCGCUGUCGGCCAUCGGUAAAUUCUAAUCGCUUUAUGAACUCUCUCUACUCUCUGAUUCAUUUAGCAACGUAAUUAAAAAUGAACAUGAUAAUAUUGAUAAUGAUAAUGGUGGUGCUGAUAAUAAUGGAAGUUCUGAUGGUAAUGAUAAGGCUCACAGUAGUAAUAGUACUGACUAUAUUUUGCCAGUUGAAGUUAAUCUUGAAGAAAAUGAAGAACCAGCAAAAAAAAGAAGAAAAACAAAACAAAAAUCUGGAAGAGAAAGUUACAAGACUGCUUUACAAAACUGUACAGAGAAAUGGUUCACAUUGCAAAAUACUACCUUGAAUUCAAUGUUAGAGCAUCAAGAUAAAAGGCAAAAA